AUGGAUGGAGUUAAGGUUGUUCUUGAUGGAGUGAAGGGGGGAAUAUCGGACAGCCCAAAAGAGCCCGGGCUGAAAAACGUGAGUUCACAGCUGUCGAUAUCCGAAAUGGACGAUUUUGACCUUUCGAAGCUGCUCGACAAGCCCAGACUGAACAUCGAGAGGCAAAGAUCGUUCGACGAGAGGUCUCUUAGUGAGUUGUCGAUUGGUAUUUCGAGAGGCUUGGAUUAUUACGAGAGCGCUUAUUCUCCCGGAAGAUCGGCACUCGACACGCCGGCCUCGUCUGCCCGAAAUUCUUUCGAGCCGCAUCCAAUGGUUGCAGAUGCUUGGGAGGCUCUUCGGAGAUCAUUGGUGCACUUUCGUGGCCAGCCGGUUGGGACUAUAGCUGCCUAUGAUCAUGCCUCGGAGGAAGUUUUGAAUUAUGAUCAGGUUUUUGUUCGGGAUUUCGUCCCGAGUGCACUAGCCUUCCUUAUGAAUGGCGAGCCGGACAUAGUCAAAAACUUCUUACUGAAAACCCUUCAGCUUCAAGGGUGGGAAAAAAGGAUAGAUAGGUUCAAGCUAGGUGAAGGCGCUAUGCCAGCUAGCUUCAAAGUGCUUCACGACCCUGUUCGAAAAACGGACACGAUUGUAGCCGAUUUUGGGGAGAGUGCAAUCGGGCGAGUUGCCCCGGUUGACUCGGGUUUCUGGUGGAUUAUUCUUUUACGUGCGUACACAAAGUCAACCGGAGACCAUUCUUUGGCCGAGACGCCCGAGUGUCAAAAGGGGAUGAGACUUAUCUUGGCCUUAUGCCUUUCCGAAGGGUUCGACACUUUCCCUACCUUGCUUUGUGCGGAUGGUUGCUCGAUGAUUGAUCGGAGGAUGGGCAUAUACGGCUACCCCAUCGAGAUCCAAGCCCUGUUCUUCAUGGCCCUCCGCUCGGCCCUUGUGAUGCUUAAACACGAUACGGAAGGCAAAGAGUUCAUCGAGAGAAUCGUGAAGCGGCUUCAUGCCCUUAGCUACCACAUGCGAAGCUACUUCUGGCUCGAUUUCCAGCAGUUGAACGAUAUAUACCGAUACAAAACAGAGGAAUAUUCUCACACAGCAGUCAACAAGUUCAACGUCAUCCCGGACUCAAUCCCCGAAUGGGUAUUCGACUUUAUGCCCACUAAAGGCGGUUACUUUAUCGGCAAUGUAAGCCCAGCCCGAAUGGAUUUUCGGUGGUUUGCAUUGGGCAAUUGUGUAGCUAUUUUAUCGUCUUUAGCCACGCCAGAGCAGGCCUCGGCUAUAAUGGACCUUAUUGAGGAGAGAUGGGAGGAAUUAGUUGGGGAAAUGCCUUUGAAGAUUUGUUAUCCGGCGAUCGAGAGUCACGAGUGGCGGAUCGUGACUGGUUGCGACCCAAAGAAUACGAGGUGGAGUUAUCACAAUGGGGGCUCUUGGCCAGUGCUUUUAUGGAUGCUAACAGCCGCUUGCAUCAAAACCGGGCGCCCACAAAUCGCGAGACGAGCAAUCGAUCUUGCCGAGAGCCGCCUUCUGAAGGACAGCUGGCCCGAAUACUAUGAUGGAAAAUUGGGAAGAUUUAUCGGCAAACAAGCUAGAAAAUACCAAACAUGGUCCAUUGCUGGUUAUCUAGUUGCGAAAAUGAUGUUAGAAGACCCUUCACACUUGGGAAUGAUUUCCCUCGAAGAAGACAAGCAAAUGAAGCCAGUUAUCAAGAGAUCCUCUUCGUGGACUUGUUGA